GAACCUUCUACAGUUUACAUAUGUGUUGGGUUCUGGAGGUCUGUAGAUUUAUGAUUACAAUGAUCAAGUCAGCGACCGUGCCACGGCAGACACGAGACUAGUAGGCACCAAUGGAAGUUCUUGGUGACACCCCCCGUAAGAGAGCAAAGCCUGAGACGAGUGCCGAGGGCUCCGAAAAGGUGCUCAGACUGGUGCACAUUCGACUGGGAGACUCUGGAAUAGAGCAUCCUGCUGGGCCAUUUCGUCCCGGCACAACAUCGGAGACAGUUUUGCAAGAGCUGCAAAAGGCAGGGCAGGGAACGCUGAAGGAAAAGGACCUGAUGGGACCUCUGUUACAGUCACUCCUGAGACAGGCCCGCUGCAAGCGGGCUUGUACAGAUUCUACCCAUCAAACCCUUCAGGUGCUGCAGCCCCACAGGCUAAAACCUUUGAUGCGCAUACUGCACUUGCUGAGCUGCUGUCUGACUUGGACCAUGUGCCCAGCCCUGAGGAAGCCAAGCGCAUGCUGCUCUCCUCUGAGCCUCGGAGGAAGAUACCUGUGACCGCCUUUGGUGCUCAAGUGGCGAUGGCGCCAAAUCUUCUGGAGGUGGUCGAGCAGGGCUUGCACAAAGCACCCUUAGUCUUCUCCAUCCUCGUUGGUUUGGCUGUGGAGUCUGAAUCAGAGCAUAAGACAAUGGUGAUGAUGGGGAGAUUUGUUCCCGACGUUUUCGAUUUGCUGGCAUCGCACCUUCCUGGAUUCCCAGCCCUGGACUGGGAUUGGCUCGGAUAUAAGGCAGAGAAGGGAAGCAGCGCAUCUACAGUCCUGAAGAGGCUUAAGCCCCCUGAUAUGCUGAUAUGGGCCGAGGGCGCCACUGUCUACAUUGGCGAGAAUGAGGACAAGGGGUGGGAAAACAUUGUCGAGGCCAGGCAGAACGUAAAAAUUAUGUGGUUGGAGGGCUGCCCAAGAUGGCGUACGGGGAGGUACCAUACAUCUUUGCUCACGCUGCGGCUGGGAGCAAGGUUCAGCUUGGCCUCAUCAUGGCCAGUGGCGAGGUGGACUGGAUGAGUGUGCUGGAUCUGAGCGAGCCCUGCGACCGCGCCUUGUUUGUCAGCGCCCUUGUGGCCAUGGUCAGGAUCAUCAGGCGCUUGGUCCAGUCAUUGCCCGCUGAGGAGUUUCGACGCACUAUCUUGCAGCCCAUCGACAGGGGCCAUGGAGUCACCAUCCAGUUCCUUACCGACAGGGUCAGAAAGACCAUCAUCGACUUCCCACUUUGGAGCAGCAAUCAUGCUCCCCAGUCCAGUGCUGAGUCAGCCUUCGACGUGCUGACCUCAGUGUACGAUGUGUGCAAUACCACCUCUGGAGCCCUGGUCCGCACAAUGAUGGCUCCGACGCUGAGCCGCACGGGAACCUAUAGAGUGGAGAUGCAGCUUUGCGGCCCUCCUGCGCGACCGCGCACUGCAGAGCACGUCAUCAGCCUGGCAAAGGCCUGCUGCACAGGCGCUGCCGAGCUGCACGGCGCUGGACUUGUUCACAGGGAAUUCAGGCUCAGCAAUGUCGUCAGGAGCGGAAGGUCCGAGGGCUCGUACACUGUCAUCGACAUGGAGCAUGCUGGAAGGGCUGGCCUGGUGUGGUCCCUGGAGCCGCUGCUAGACUGGGAUCAGGGCACUCUCGAUGAGGAUGGCCGCUAUGAUACCUCUUCAGAUGUAUACCAGAUCGGGAAAAUGCUGCGCACUGUCAGCAGCGGCAUGCAGAUGCCCGGCCGAUUUGAUGAGGUGGUGAAGCGGAUGCUGCAGAAAAGCAUAACUGCAGAGCAAGCCAGGCAGAUGCUCCCCUGA